AUGUCCCAAAAACCCACACGAGAUGCAUUCUUCACAUUUAACCACAAAACAUACGGCAUGCGGCCAAUCUCAGUAGCCACAGAGUUCGUUGACACAGACUGGGAAGAGGAGGAUGACUACAGCGAAACCGAAGAGAACAACAAUUCGCCUCGUCCCAGUUUCACGACCGUGUCAUCGUACGACGAGGUUUCGACGCCCAGGACGAGCAGAGACGGCUUCAACUUUUCGACCUUGGCCAAACCCGUUGAAGGUCCUCACGGCCCACAUCUAUUCCGCAGCUCAGUCGAAUAUCCCCCUACGGUAGAGGACGAUAUCAUUCUCAGCCUGUCGCCCAUCACCCCAAAAGUGCCUCGAGGCGUACCCGUCCCGUUCCAUCGGUCACUCCCGCCGCCUCGACGUAACAGUCCCUUCAAAUACACAAGUGCCGAGCUUCAAAAGGGCACCCUCCCACAAUGGACGCCGGAGAUGGUCGCCCAGUCCAUGCUCAAUGCUGGCAUCGAGCAACCCGUCGCGGACCGUUUCAUUGAGAACGAUAUCACUGGUGCAAUUCUUAUCACGCUCAAGUUUGAGGACUUGAAGGAGCUCGAUAUCCAGUCCUUUGGCAUCCGCACAACAGUGUGGCACCAAAUCCAAGCACUGAGGGAUCGAGCCCCAGUAUCUCCACGACCACCCACACCGAUCGAGGAUGAACCCAGCCGGGAGGCACGCAAGGAGACGGGGAAGCAUGAUGACGCGAAGCCCAAGCGCCGCCCAAGCACCUCUGCAUCUCAGAGGAAGAAGUCUUCCGCGUCCGAUACCAUCAUGCCAGGUGAUUCUGUGUCCAUCAUCGGCAUUGAACAAGUGGUGCCAAAGCCGCACGUCUGUUCCAAAGGUGAGAACUGCUCCAAGUGGAGAAAGCAGCAGCGCCUCAUUGAGAGGUUCAUGAAGCUGAACCCUACUAUCGAUAUCAACGCCAAUGCAGGAGGCAAGGUGAUGAUUGUUGGUGAUGCUGGUAAUCCCGAUACCGCCAGGGCUCUCGAUCCCAAUGAGAACUGGCGUCCUUUCUCUGACGCCGUGCCCUCGGUCGUUGCAUCAUCCGACGUUCUUGGUACGGACGGGACGCCGCCUCUGCAGUAUCUCCAGGAGGUUUCUCUUCGUGAGGCUUCCCUCAGGAAUAUCGACAGGAUGGACACGCAAGAUAAUGUCCGCCAAUUCCUUCGGUUCCAGCAGAGCAACCCCAAUGAUGUCCCUCCAACUCCUCCCUACGAGGUUGCACCACAAGCUCCCCAUCAGGGCCUCCGAAGAUUGCCUAGGCUUUCGAUCCCCAGUGCUCCUCAGCCUCCUCGCCCUCAGCCACCAAGAGCCGCAACUGUUUCCCCACGGAUGCAGCUCUAUGCGGAGCAGCGUGCCGAACAGUUCCAAGAGGAAUGCACCUCUCCGCAAGAGUUUGUGCCGUACCAGAUGGAGAAGGCCGAUCCUCGGUCUCCCGAUCUGGAAACCCGACACAAUCCCUAUCGCUUUGGCACUCCAUUUUCGGAGAUGGACGUUCCCGUUACUGCUGUGCCACUGGGCCCAGUCGCACGGGACACCUCCCAGUCUGUCCCACCAGACAUGAGCUAUCGUCAUGGCCAUGCCAACCCCCCAAGAGCCCAAUCACGUACCUCUCGCCGCCCAUCUUUCCCCGUCCUCCCUGCCCUCGACGAGAACAAGCCAGUCCGGACAACGUCUCAGACUACAUCGCCUCAGGCUCCUUCACCUCCAAAGGUAGCUCCCCGCCGACAGGCACAGACGCAGUCACAGCCACAGCCACUUCACGCUCCGCCACGUGCCAAUUACCCUUGGUCACCCGUGGAGCGACGCAGCUUUGAGCAAGUCCUUCCCCCGUCAUCUACCUUUGAUGCUACUGAUGGACCGUCAUCGGACUCGGGUUCCUCUCAUGGCAUUUCACACCAAGGCCCAAUGAAGAAGCGCAAGACAAAGUUCUUGCGACAUGAGUGGCACGAUGGUUACUUCACCGUCAAAGGCACCCGUCUCAAUAUGCAUAAGGAUGCUGAGCAGCUCGAUCGCACCUUGGAAUAUGUUGACAUCGAUGACUACGCCAUUGCUUGCUCUAGCCUGGCCUCCACAUCGAAGCUGUCUGCUGCAUUCAAGGCCGUCAGCAUCUCCCACAAUCGGAACAAGAGCAACCCCGUGGGUGCGUUCCAGUUCCAGCUUAUUCCUAUGGAGAAGGAGAAGACCAGCGCCAAACUCCGCAAGCGCGAGAGCGCUGUGUCCGCCAAAGGUGCCGCUGCUGAAGGUGUCAAUGGCACUGGCAAGACACACCACUUUGCUGUGACCAGCCGUGAUGACCGCAUUGACUGGAUGAGGGAGCUGAUGCUCGCCAAGACCCGAAAGCAAAAGCAAGAGGGCUUCGAGGUCAAGGUCAAUGGCGCUGACAUGAUCUAG